GCCCGUCGCCCUCCGCCUUCCCCCGCUGGCCGCCGGGCCGGGAGGAGGGCGGGGGAGGGCUUUCCCACAAUGCUUUGUGGGGACGUUGACAAGUGGAUCCAAGAUGGCGUAGAAAGUAAUGACAGGAUUCUGUCCCUGAGUCAUGGCAGACAGAAGACCAGAGAAGUCAUGUGAACAAGCAUGUGAAUCUCUUAAGCAGCAGGAUUAUGAAGUGGCAGUGAAGCAUUGCACAGAGGCUCUCCUUUCCCUCAGCCAGUACCCCCCAGCUCACCUCCCGGAGGCAUGCCAGGCAGAAAUCGACCGCAUCAAAAUCGAGACUCUUCUGUAUAGAAUUGCUUCCUUUUUACAACUUAAAAAGUAUGGGCAAGCAGAUGAAGACUGUAGGCAUGUGCUGGGAGAGGGGCUGGCCAAGGGAGAUGGAUCUUUCCGUGCAGUGCUUUGCUGCAUGCAUCUUAAAGGGAAGCUGCAAAUUGUGUCUAAUGUUCUUUCCAAAUCACUGAUGGGUGAAUCACUGAACGGGAUGGUAACUAAAGAUCUGACACGACUGAAAACACUUCUUGCUGAAACAGAGGCAGCUGGUAAAGUAACAUCAGGAUAUCAUGUAGAAGAUUUAGAAGAAGGGUCCCGGGAUGGCUGGCAGUUCCGCCCACCACCCAGGGGAGUCACAAGCAGUGAAGAAUAUACGCUAUGUAAAAGAUUUUUAGAGCAAGGGAUCUGCAGGUACGGUGCACAGUGUACUUCAGCACAUUCCCAGGAAGAGCUAACAGAAUGGCAAAAACGAUAUGCUUCCCGCUUGAUCAGAUUAAAACAGCAGAAGGAAAACAAACAAUGUUCGGGCAGUUAUAUGGAAACCUUGAUUGAGAAAUGGAUGAAUUCGUUAUCUCCUGAGAAAGUGCUUAGCGAAUGUGUAGAAGGAGUGAGAGUAGAACAUAAUCCUGAGCUAUCGGUAACUGUCACCACCAAAAAGUCUCAUCAGACAUGGACAUUUGCUCUCACUUGUAAGCCUGCAAGAAUGCUGUAUCGAGUGGCAUUGCUUUAUGAUGCCCAUCGUCCACAUUUUAGUAUAGUUGCAAUAUCUGCUGGAGACAGCACUACCCAGGUAUCACAAGAAGUUCCAGAAAACUGUCAGGAAUGGAUAGGAGGAAAGAUGGUCCAGAACGGAAUAGAUCAUUAUAUAUACAAAGUCAGUAUAGCCUUUAACACAGAAAUCUUUGGAACUUUUCGCCAAACUGUUGUGUUUGACUUUGGAUUAGAACCAGUCCUCAUGCAACGAGUAAUGAUUGAUGCUGCUUCAACUGAAGAUCUUGAAUACCUGAUGCAUGCACGGCAACAGCUACUAACCACAGCUAAGCGUUGGGAUUCUACUUCUAAGACUAUUGUAGAAUUUGAGCCUAAUGAAACUACUGAAUUGGAGAAGAGCCUUCUUACCAGAUACCAAAUCCCUCUGUCUGCUGACCAGCUAUUUACACAAUCUGUCCUGGACAAAUCAUUGACCAAGACCAACUAUCAGUCACGGCUACAUGACCUCCUUUAUAUUGAGGAAAUAGCGCAGUAUAAGGAAGUUAGCAAGUUCAACAUAAAAGUGCAAUUGCAGAUUGUAGCAAGCUUCAUGCUCACUGGUGUUUCUGGAGGUGCAAAGUAUGCCCAAAAUGGACAACUUUUUGGCCGCUUUAAGCUCACUGAAACGCUUUCGGAAGACACUUUGGCUGGACGGCUGGUGAUGACCAAAGUCAAUGCUGUUUAUUUAUUGCCUGUCACUAAAGAGAAGUCAGUACAGACCCAAGGAACCAAAGAGAAGGUUUAUGAAGCAGCUAUCGAGGAGAAAACAAAGGAUUAUAUCUUCCUGAGGGUAUCCAGGGAAUGCUGCGAAGAACUUAAUCUUCGGGCAGAUUGUGAAAUGCAGGUUGAACUUCAGUUUCAGUUAAAUCGCUUACCCCUCUGUGAAAUGCAUUAUGCCUUGGACAGGAUUAAGGACAACAGUAUUUUGUUUCCAGAUGUCAGCAUGACUCCCACCAUACCCUGGAGUCCCAACAGACAAUGGGAUGAGCAGUUGGACCCUCGACUAAAUGCUAAGCAGAAAGAGGCUGUUCUGGCUAUCACUACUCCACUUUCAAUACAACUGCCUCCUGUUCUUAUCAUCGGUCCCUAUGGGACAGGAAAAACGUUCACUCUGGCUCAGGCAGUCAAGCACAUACUCCAACAACAGGAUACUAGCAGGAUUCUCAUUUGCACCCAUUCUAAUAGUGCUGCUGAUCUCUACAUAAAGGAUUAUUUACAUCCAUAUGUAGAAGCAGGCAAUCCCCAGGCAAGACCUCUCAGGGUAUAUUUCCGAAAUCGCUGGGUAAAGACUGUCCACCCAGUUGUGCAUCAGUACUGUUUGAUUUCAAGCACACAUUCCACCUUUCAGAUGCCACAGAAAGAAGACAUUCUUAAGCAACGAGUAGUAGUUGUUACUUUAAAUACAUCACAGUAUCUAUGUCAACUGGAUCUUGAACCAGGGUUUUUUACACACAUUCUGUUAGAUGAAGCUGCACAAGCUAUGGAGUGCGAAACUAUUAUGCCUCUAGCAUUAGCUAAUAAAAACACAAGAAUUGUCUUGGCUGGAGACCAUAUGCAGCUCAGUCCUUUUGUCUACAGUGAAUUUGCCAGGGAAAGAAACCUUCAUGUUUCAUUGCUUGAUCGGCUCUAUGAGCACUACCCUGCAGAAUUUCCAUGCAGGAUCUUGCUGUGUGAGAACUAUCGCUCCCAUGAAGCUAUCAUCAAUUAUACAUCUGAACUUUUCUAUGAAGGCAAAUUGAUGGCAAGUGGAAAGCAGCCAGCACACAAAGAUUUCUACCCUUUGACUUUCUUCACAGCACGUGGAGAAGAUGUGCAAGAAAAAAAUAGUACAGCUUUUUACAAUAAUGCAGAGGUGUUUGAAGUAGUAGAACGUGUUGAAGAAUUAAGAAGAAAAUGGCCUGUUGCCUGGGGCAAAUUGGAUGAUGGCAGUAUAGGUGUUGUAACACCUUAUGCUGAUCAAGUGUUCAGAAUUCGGGCUGAACUUCGGAAAAAAAGACUGUCUGAUGUCAGCGUAGAGAGAGUGCUAAAUGUUCAGGGAAAACAGUUUAGAGUUUUGUUUCUCAGCACAGUACGAACACGGCAUACGUGCAAACAUAAGCAAACACCAAUUAAAAGGAAAGAGCAGUUACUGGAGGAUUCAACAGAAGACUUGGAUUAUGGUUUUCUGUCUAAUUACAAACUUCUCAACACUGCCAUUACAAGAGCACAAUCCCUGGUAGCUGUGGUGGGCGAUCCUAUUGCUUUAUGUUCCAUUGGAAGAUGCAGGAAAUUUUGGGAAAGGUUUAUUGCCCUGUGUCAUGAGAAUGAAAGUCUCCAUGGUAUCACAUUUGAACAGAUCAAAGCUCAGUUGGAAGCUUUGGAGUUAAAGAAAACUUAUGUGUUGAACCCAUUGGCUCCUGAAUUUAUCCCCCGAGCUCUUCGGCAUCAACAUUCAGCGAAUACCACCAAACAACAGCAGUCACCACCAAAGGGCAAGGUCCAUCAUCAUAGCCAGAAUGACCAUUUCCCACCUGAUGGAAUUGUUCAGCCCAAUCCUUCUGUUCUAAUCGGAAAUCCUAUCCGAGCAUAUACUCCUCCCCCUCCUCCUCUGGGACCUCACCCCAAUCUGGGGAAAUCUCCAAGUCCUGUUCAAAGGAUAGAUCCACACACUGGGACAAGUAUUCUAUAUGUACCUGCUGUCUAUGGAGGAAAUAUGGUCAUGUCUGUGCCUUUGCCUGUACCAUGGACGGGGUAUCAGGGUAGGUUUGCAGUUGACCCUCGAAUCAUUACUCAUCAAGCAGCUAUGGCAUAUAAUAUGAACCUGUUACAGGCACAUGGGCGUGGGUCUCCUAUACCUUAUGGCCUGGGACAUCAUUCACCAGUUAGCGUAGGACAACAGCAGCAGCUUCAGCAUCAAGACAAGGAGCAACAUGAACAAAGUCGAAAUGGUAAAAGUGAAAACACUGCUGGACCUGAAAUCAAUAAAAUUCGAACACCUGAGAAGAAACCUCUGGAAUCCAAGCAGGUUGAGUUAGAAGCAAAUCCUCAGAAUAGGAGCCCAGAGUCACGUUCCGGUGUUGGCUAUCCUAAUGCUAAAUUUCAUCGCAAAGAUAAUCUUAACCCCAGGCAGCUGAAUCUACAUCUCACCCCACCCCACUCACAGUAUGCAGUUCCCAAUCGCCACUUCCAGCACCUGUCACAGAUACCAAGGCAGCCGUAUCCUCUGCAACAGCAGCAAAACCUUUUAAGUCAACAACAAAAUCAUUUGCCUGAACAACAAAACCAAAUGCCACCCCAGCAAAGCCAGGUAGUUCAGCAGCAUAAUCACUUGAAUCAGCAGCCUCCACAACCUUCGCAGCUUUCCCCUGCUUACCAGGCAGGCCCCAGCCAAUCUUUUUUUAAUAAUCCAAUUCCCCACCGACCACAUUCUCCUGCUGUAGAUGCUGUGAUUUCAGAACAACACCCCCCACCUAUGUUACAAGAAGUCAGUAAUCCUUUGAGGCCUAUUGCACAGCACAACCCUGUUCUGCCAACCCACUUGAACAACUUCAUUGAAGAGAGUCCAUCAGGAAUGCCCUUAGGGGACACUUUAGAUCGUAUGCAUGGAAAUGUAGCUUUGGAAACAAUAAGGCAGCAACAACAAGCCAGGUUACAGCAAUGGAAUGAACAUAAUGCCUAUCUCAGUCAAGGCACUAUUCCAUAUCAACACCAUCACCAUCCUCAUCUACCACAUCUUCCUCAGCAACCAAUUGGAUUGCAUCAACAGCAGCAAGUUAGGGCAAACUGGAAACUUGCCAGUAAUACAGAAGAUGAAACAGAGGCAACAUAUUCAAGAUUCCAGGAUUUGCUCAGAGAACUGUCACACCGUGAUCAAAGUGAAAGUCGGGACUUAGCUGAAAUGCCACCCCCUCAGUCAAGACUGUUGCAAUACAGACAAGUUCAGCCCAGAAGCCCACCAGCACUCCCUUCUUCCUGCAACUCUAACCACAGUGGUCACUUUCCUAACUUCACUGAAAACAACAGAGACAUUGAAAUACCCAGUAACCCAGCAUUUCAGCAGCAUUUACCCCAAAUAUACAAUCCCCCUUUCUCAAUGCCAUCUGAACAUAUAACCCCAUCUCCCUUGAAAUACCUGCAACCUGAUGGAUCGUGGACUUAUGCUAACCUACAGCAGAAUCACCUUAUGGGGCAGGGCUUUCAUUAUGGUAUACCUCCAUUGCCCCAUAGGUCGCAACAAAACCCUUUUAUACAAAUACAGAAUCAUCAGCAUGCAGUCGGUCAGGAGCCAUUUCAUCCACUCGCAUCUCGAGCAGUAUCUGCUUCUUCGCUCCACAGCUUAGAAGAGUAUGAACCAAGAGGACCAGGCAGGCCGUUGUACCAAAGAAGAAUUUCCUCUAGUUCAGUCCAGGCUUGUUCUGAAGAAUUAAGCACUCCUCAAGACAGUCUUGGUCAGUGUAAAGAGCUUCAGGACCACAGUAACCAGUCAUCUUUCAACUAUUCAUCACCUGAGUUGUGGAUAAACUCCUCCUCCUCUGCCCCAUACCCAAACAUUCCAUGCAAUGGAGCCAACAGAGCAGUUCCACCCCGGGAGUUGUUAGCUCCACCGAAGACGGUCAAGCCCCCAGAGGAACACCUGAAGGCCGAGAACAUACAGCUAUCCAAUUCCUUCAACUACAGCGUACUACAACAUCUUGGCCAGUUCCCACCUCUCAUGCCCAACAAGCAGAUCGUCGAGUCGAACAGCAACAGCCAGCAGAACGCUGGUGGGAGCAAGCCUGUCAUGUCCUACGCAAGUGCUCUGCGGGCUCCGCCAAAGCCCAAACCUCCUCCUGAGCAGACAAAAAAGAAUAGCGACCCUUUGUCUUUGUUUCAGGAACUUAGCCUAGGUAGUUCAUCAGGUAGCAAUGGCUUUUACUCCUAUUUUAAAUAAUCAGAUUAUUUUUUUUAGAGAGAAUUAAAUUUUUAUUUGUGUCAGUAGAUCUAAGAUAGUUGGGGCUUCACCUGUAGUUGCAAAUAUUCCCUUUGUUUAUAUUAGUAAAUAUAUCCUCACUUAAUUGCUUUGCUGCUAGACUUGCAACUAAUUUUUUUAAUUAUAUUCCAUUAUUUUGCAUUUUUUGAUGUGGGUCGGUUUUUUGGAAGCUUUUCUGUAGGAAAACACACACAUGUUAUUUUUUAAUUUGUGUAAUGUUAAUGAUAUGUUGCAUUAAACUAGCAGCUGAGAGGUUACCUGUACAACUUUAAAAAAGGAAAAAAAAAAAAAGAAAAAAGAAAAAAAGGAAAAAAAAAAGUUUGUCUAAAUUGUAUUUAAGAAGAUUGUAAGUAGCAUUUACAUUUAUUCAAUAACAUUAGCAUACUAUGCUGGGUUUCUGUACCAGAAAUGGCCAGUUAAUGUAAAAAUGUAUGUUAUUUCUGCUUAAAUUCAUUUAAUUUUUUUUUUUUUUUAAUAAAGGUGCAGCAUCUUCUAAAUACUUUCAGUUUUAUCAGCUUUUUUGUGAAGGGAUGCUGCAUUCUCAGACUUUUAUAGUUUUAGAUUCUGUAUGAUGUGGUAUUGUAUUUUCCAUCCACUGUAGGGUAAAGUAAAGGCAUUCUUUGCAGACACCUAUGCCAUUGUUUGGAAGCAUUCAGAUAAAAAGUAUUGGUAUACUUUAAAAAAAAAACAAUAAAAAAAACCCACAAAAAAACCAAAAAACAAAACAAAACAACCCCCCCCCCCCCCCCCCAAAAAAAAAAAAAAAACAACAAAAAAACAAAAAACAAAAAACUCUACAUUUUAUUUUUGGACAAGCUAGUAAUUAUAAGCUUGUUUGAAAAGUUAAUUUGAUAGGUUUUUUAAAUGAAUCAUGAAGCUGAAAAUAAAUUUUUAGGUAUGUUGGUGCUUAGUAGAUUUAAUAACUAUUUUAAAAAAAAAUGCGUGAAUUUAGUAAAAUACUUUUUUGUUUGUUUGUUUAAUUUUUUUUCCACUAUGCAUGUGUAAAUGUUUGUAAUCUGGCUUUUUCCUCCCCCCUUCUCCAGUGGUAUAAAGAAUUGUGCCGCUUUAAUUUUUUUUUUUCUCCCCCCCCCCCCUCCCCCCCCCCCCCGGUAAAACUUUUGGUACAUUAUUUGAUGUUUACAUUAAAAUGUGACAUUAUACAAGGAAAUUCAGAUAUUUUGCUAACUGUUUUGUUUGAGGAACAUCAUUAAAGAAGAGAUUUAAUGUUUGUCAAAGCUGUAUCCAAAUUAAUCUAAAUCUUUUGGGGAUAAGAAUGGUUACCAGGUCAUUUAUCUCUAUGAGUUCUGCUAAGUUCUCCACAAACCUGGCCCUUUAGGAAUACAAACUGAAAAAAAAAAUUGAAAUUAUGGGCUAUUUAAAAAUUAAAGAAACAAGUGUGAAUGAAAACUCAGAAGAUAAACUUUGUCCAUAAAGGUUUCUGGUCUUGCACACUGUUCAUACUUUUACAGCUGGGGAGAUAGAGAGGGUGUUUGUGUAGUUCCUCCAGAUAAGUAGUCCUCCUUUUACACUUGAAAUAACUUUAAAUAUUUUACAGGGACUGAGCUGGGUAUAGUCGCAGUAUUCUUCCGCUUAUUACAUACAAGAAUUAAAAUUUGAGAGCUGUGUGGGGUGAUUUCAGACUUCUUACAGCUGUCCAUGGGACACCUUACUAAUGAGCAGUGGCUGCUGCUGUAUUCAAUCAGAUUUUUGCUCUGGUUACAAUCAGGGUUUUUUUGCAUUUGACUUCAUGUUUUAAGGCAAAGGUCUUUAUGUAAUGGGGUUGAUUUAAACUCAGUACACUGCAGAGGUUUGCAUAUAAAUUUUUUAUUAUGAAUCUUUGCUGGUUUAUGAUUCAGAAACUUAUCUGAAAAACUUUUUCCUUCUUUUUGCUGUAAAGAAAAGCAUGCAUAACUCAUUAAUUUAUUUCCUAAUGUCUAUACCAAACAAAAGAUGCUGGGGGAGGGGAAGGCCCCUGCCAAGUUAUGCUUAGCACUUCAGCAUAUGGCAUCAAAUCAAGAGGACCCAAAAAUGAGUAGAGGCCAAAUUCUGCAACCUUGAAUCAAGCAAAAAUACUGUUAAAUGGUUUUUUGCCGAGCUGACGGCUGCAGAAAUAGGUCCAUGGGAAAUUCAUUUGCAAGGGCCGGGCGUGUGCUCAGUGUAAGUUAGCCUCAGUCUUUUUAUUUCAGCAGAACUGUGCCAGUUCUCCUCCACAGAGCACCUGGCACUGCUCUGAGAGAAGAAGAAUCUGUGUGCCUGAAUGUUGUAGUCUGUGAAGAGUUCUUGAUGAGAUGUGCAAGGCUAUGACAGAGGAGAGGUAGGGUUCAAAUGCACUUCACUUCGCCAAGUCGGCAUUGUAAUUUCAGGGGUUUCAAAAUCACUCAUUUAUAUGGAGCAGUCUUUUGAUUCUGUUCACCAUAUUUGAAUAUUAAACUAAUAAACAUCACUUGUUAAUUUA